CAACUACAUUUCUGUUGGUGAUUGAUUGUGGUGUAUGGUGUAUUUUAUUGUAUUGUUCUAUCUUAUAAUUAGGAAUUAUUUAGGAUUUAGUGUGUUUUAGAAUUAUAAACGUCGAGUAAUCGCCUCUUUAGUUUCUCAAUUACUUAUAAAACGGAACGCAAAUCGUUGUAUAUACGUUUUUUAGAAUAUGUUGUGUAGAUGGCUUCUCACCAAGAUCGUACUUUCGGAAGUUACUGCGCCGGCCUAUUCAUAAGUUUCAUAUAUAUUUUUGAAGUCUUCAUGUACUCAGCUGAAGGAAAUCUCAAUUGUUAUGGCUCCUGGUAACAACGAGCGGCAUCCGAGUCACACGGGAACUAUUCCAAAGACGAAAGCUCGGAAUAAUUGUAAUGUUCCGCAGGAGGCUGUGACUCCCACCAGGCGGGAUAUGGCAUCUAACUUAGUCUCGACAUCCCUUGACUGGGUCCCCGUGUCAGAAUACAACACCAGAACAAAUUACAACCAAUCAAGGAAGCAAACAAAUAAUACAUCAGACCAAGAACUCAAUGACUUAGAAAAUUCCGUAUCAUUUGAGAGUGGAUUCGGGCGGUUCGUCCCAGUGAGGCCGCAGCCGCGUGCCCUGCCGCUGAACGUGCAGAACCGCGAGAACCUGUCCCAUGAGCACCAGGACGACGCCAGCUCCAUGUCCGGACACACCCUCCACCCUUAUGCACAUCAAAUGCAGAAUGGUUUAGUUCCUCACUCCAAUCAUGCAAAUCAUGCCGCUGCAGCAGUCAUGAUCGUCAACCCCACCACACCGAAUGCGGUCACGGCGAACAUGUCUCAACCCUUCAAUGCGCCUAAUCAAAACCGCAAGAACUUGACGAAUAAUUUGAACCCAGCCAGGAACAAUUUAGACGGGAACCAUUCGAGCCACAACAACGCGGCGUCGUCCAGGCCGGGCACUAAGACCGUCAACCUGAUGAACAACAUGUACGACCCGCAGGCUAGCAUGAACAACGUCAAUGAGAAUAACCAUGUUCACAGGGAAUCUGCCAGGGCGUUAGGGGAGGCGAUAGUGGCGGCCUGCCCCGACACCGCGGCCGUGGAGCGGCGGCUCGGCCAGAUCCGCGAGUACAUCCGGGUCACGUCGUCUCUCGUCGACACCAUGCGUAAUUCUGAGGACGAGGCUUUUAUUGAGCAUACGAAAGAAGAAUAUGACGAACUGGUAGAGAUGGUAAUGAAAUUGAAAGAGAGUGAGACGAAACUAGAGAAAGUAUUAAAUGAGGAACCGGAUAACGUGGAGGUGCCUGCCGAGGAAGCAGAUGCUGCGGCGGCGGCGAGCGAGGCGGCGGUUGACCAAGAACUGCCCACUGAAAUCAAAGAGGAUGAGCCGAGCAACGUCGCAAGCAAACAAGAUAGUACUGCUGAGUGUACCACGCUAAAGAAAGUCACUAAUCUAGAGAAUGAACAGUUGAAUAAAAGCUUACAAAGUGUCAAGAAUUCUAAUGAACAUCUAAUACAACCAGCGAGCGAUCUAAGCGAAAGUGCACCCACCGAGCCGCUACCGUUGGCAGAACACGAGCCCGAAGACGAUACAGUGGAAAUCAAAGAAAUUGAGAGCAUUCCGUGCGAGGAAAAAACUCACGACCAUCACUUGAAUGAGGUGUUGCGUAAAAAUAUUAUUUCGUGCGUAGAAAAAGUAGCGAUCAUAGAAGAAAUGAAAACCAAAAACUGCAGUAACAUUGAAGAUCAGGACGUGGUGGUUCGACCGGUGUCGGUUCAGAGUAACGGUUCAGCAUAUAGCGAAAGUGAACUGUGGCAAAAUGAGAUAAAAAACAAAAUGGAGUUGUCCCAACGCCGUUUGACCGCUUUAAAGCAACAGCAGAAGAGACUAAUCAAGUACCAGGAGGAAGCCAAACAGCAGUUGGAGGAAAUCAACCGGGAGCGACAGUCUCAAGAAGCCCUACCGUCGACUUCCCAUGACAACUUUGGCGGCAUACAGAAUCACCCAAUGAACGGCAACUACAAUCGCAUGUACGCCGCGAACCAGAUCGGGGUGGCCACGACACUGCCACAUUCCAACGAGAACAUCGCGAGCCGCGCGAACAGCGAACACGGACACAACCAGGACGACAGGUUCUCGCACCGCGACGCGAACAUCGCGAGCAGCGAGGAGGCGGCGGGCGCGCACAGCGACGCGGAGGAGUCGCUGCUGACGGAGCGCGGCCGCGCGCUGCAGGCCAAGCUGCGCGAGCUGCAGCUCAAGAAGCAGCACAUGGAGAACCUCGUGUCAGAGUUCCAGAAAAUGCAGAUGGCGACGCAUCUCGGCUCCAACAACACGUACUCCAGCUCUGGAGAGGACAGCGCCGACGAACAGCCCACAAGGAAAUGCAACAAAUCUGGAGGUAAUAUCAAAAAUGAAGACCCUUUUAAGCUCAUGGAAAUCAAGGCUAUUAAAACAGCUCUCCAGAAGACUAAAGAUCUGAUGCGGUCAGUGGAAAACUACGAGUCGGACCAUUUGUCCGGGGCGCACGACGACUCCUUCCAGAUGCCUAGUCACUCUAAUAUAAACGACAAUAAAUCGGAAGGCGGCGGCAGUAUCGGCGGGUGGUCUGCCGAGGGCAGCGUGUGCCGCGUGCGCAACUCCCUGCCGCAGCGGCACAAGUUCACCAACGAGCAGCAACACCUGCAGCACCCGCAGCACUUGCAGCACCCGCAGCAGCCGCAGCACAUGCCACACCCGCAGCAGAUGAGUCACGAGUCAAACAUUGCCUCUUUGCAAGAGCUAGCUCAAGAACUUCGCAUGGAGACGGAGAAGAUUGUCGGCGAGAGAGCUCGUAUCAAAGAUAUGCUGUCUAAUAAUGAGCCUCGGCGCAAGCAGAAGAAGGUGAACGAGCAGGCGUCCACCAGCAGCGCACGCGGCUGGCACGCGGCCGCGGCCGGCCCCGCCGAGCGCCGCCAGCUGCAGCUGCGCGCGCUGCUCGCCGACAAGCAGCGCGAGCUCGACAAGCUGCUCAACAAGGAGAAAGUACUAUUUGGAAAUGCAGAAGCUCAAAAAAUGAUGGCGGACUCGUGUACCGGCUCCAUCAUUACUGGUAUCAACCAGUCCUACAAUAGUGAACAAGAAGAACCUGAUUCACGGUCGGAGCAGAUACUUUUGGACUCUCAAAACUCCAGAGACACUGACAACUUCAGGGUGUGUCCGCAGGGCGGCCUCAGCACCGCCACGCUGCCGUCGCGCCGCGCCAGCGCCUGCUGCAGCGACAGCGACAGCGCAUCGCGGACCAAAUCGAACCAGAGGAGUCGAGCUCGCCGCAGACAAACCCAAGAUCGUCUGUCUGAAGAUAACAAUGUACCACAGUCGAACAACUCGAGCCAUUCAUUGAGGCACGAGCCCAGAGCGGAGCCGUCAAACAUCAACUUGGUCCCGCCUAUUUCUCAAAAUGUUGACAACCCGAUCAAUAUGCCGUACCCUAACAUGCCGCCACCGUAUUGGAAUAAUACGAAUAAAACUAACCAGGAUAUGCGCACGAACCAGUUCACCCAGAACAGCCACUCGCAGACCAUGGAGCGGCUGAUGGGCACGCCGCAGAUGUCCUUCCCGCCCUCCAUGCCCUUCAAUAUGAUGAUGCCCUAUGCGGGCGGCAUGGUGCCGGGCUGCGGCUGCGGCUGCGGGCUGUGGGCCGCGUGGUGCUGGCAGCAGCUGCUGCAGCAGCAGCGCGAGCUGCACGCGCUCAGGGAACACCUCUCUCUUCUUGAAGAGCGCUGGCGCGCAGAGACCGCGUCCCACACGCUGAACAACCAAGUGGCUCCCGGCAACCGCGCCAACAACUACUGGGAUAACUUCAGAAGCUACUCGCGGCAGAACCUGCUGUCGGCGAACUGCAAGAGCAACGCGGACGGGCACCUCGGCGGGCCGGCGCCGGCGGGAGCGCCGCAGCCGCUCGCGUCGCGCAGCCACAACGCGCUGCGCCGCGCGCCGCCGCCGCCCCCGCCGCCCCCGCCGCCCGACAAGCGCCGCGCCGCGCCCGACGUGCUCAACCUGCACCACGCCCACCCGCACUCCAACAACCUGCACGCCGCCGACAAGCGCAAGUCCUGCUCCAAGCUGCCCGCCAAGAACUCGCGCGCCGCGCCCGCCGCAGCCGGCAACCUCCGCCUGUCCGACAACCUCCACCUGCCCGACAACCUGCACCUCCCCGACGACCUCAACCUCCCCGACAACCCCAACCUGGCUUCCGCCCGCCGCGACGUCGCCGACAAGGCGACCUCGAAGCUCUUCGAUCUCCUCCGGGAGAACGUCUACUCCGAGGUGACGACCCUCAUCGGCGUCAACGAGUCCCAUCCCGACUUCCUCAUUCAGCUGUUCAAGGAGCUGCAGCUGAUCAGCUCGGACCCGCUGCGGCAGAGGGUCCUCCGGUCCAUUCGGGGCGUCCUGUCCCAGUACGGGCCCGCGCCGGAGAGCCGGCCGGGCGAGCGCGGCCGCGAGGAGGCCGGGCCGGCCGCCGAGGGCGACUCCGCCGACCGCGCUCCCUCCGCGCAGGCCGGGUGCUCGACCGCCCCCCACUUCGGCAACAAUAUUGUUCGCUUUCUAUUACUAAAAAGCGAAGAAAUAUGCACCCCCGAGCUGUUGGACUCUCUCGCGACGCACGUUUUAAACGGGGGCCUCGACGGUAGACGACCCCAGAUAUCUAAGAAGAGGCUGCUCGAGUUCCUAUCUAAAUACGAGGGUAUGACCGUCUGCAGCGUAUCGAACGACAUUAUCGAGAGCCUGCCGCUGGUGAUGUCAGGUGGCGGCGGCGGCGGGGACGGGGACUCGGCGGGCCCGCCGGGCGAGCCGCCGCUGCAGGACGUGGCGGGCGCGCUGCACGCCUGCCCCUACGACAUGUGGCCGGCCCACGUGCACGUGGACGUGGACGCGGAGCCGGGCGAGGCGAGCCCGCGCUCUAGGGAGGACAAGGUGGACCUGCUCGACUGCUCGGAGAUGCACAACGGCGACCUGGCCGAGGCGGACCAGUCGUGCGAGGUGCGCGAGGCGGCCGAGGCGCUGCCCGACGUCGUGGACACGGAAGAGGCCGCGCCCGCAGAGGCUGAUGCAGAAUGGCUCGGGCUCGAUCGCGCGCCAACAAGGCUGCAUUUGGGAGAGUCAUCUGAAAAACAGAAAGGUGAUGUUAAUAUAAUGUAAGGACGGAGCAAACACCCAAACUGCAAACUUCACAGUUUGCUUCGUGUUUGAGUGGCCCUGAAAGUAAAUAUCACAAGAUUAGAUCUUCUCACUCCAUCUGAAACAGAAAGAUGAAACAAAUGGAAAUUAAUAAUAUUUCUUCUUUUUCAGAUUAAAUCUCGAGCAUCCCGUUGAAUUUCCGAUUGUUUUUAUCGCGUGUAACGUUAGACUUGAAUCUAUCCAUUUAUUUAAUAUUAAUUAUUCUAUGAUUUUAGAAUAUGCAAGUAUUUUCAAAAGUAUUGAAUGUUUAGAACAAUAAACCAUCAUUUACAAAUAAA